CUCCGUACAACACCAGGCACUGAGUGAGAGAGAGAGAGAGAGACACACACACAGAGGACCCAGGGAAGCCGCACCCUCUUAAAACAUUUUCACGCUUUUCGUUUUUUUAAAGAAAAGGGCAAGAAGGGAAGGAGAGAGAAUCGAGACUAGAAAUACUAUUAAGGACGGCCAUCUUCUCUUCCUCUUUUUCUUUCCAAUCUCUCUUCUCUCUCUUUCAAGUAGGGAGAACAGUCGAAUCCCAUUUCCCCUUUCAUAAAGGUACCCCAAAAAGAGGGGUACGAAUCAUCCCCUCAGACGAAAAGAAAGACCCAAGCACCAAAGAAAGAAGAAGGAGAAGAAAGAAAGAAAGACCCAACACUAAGAGAGAGACACACGAUAAGAAGAGACAGAGACAGACAGAGAAGAGAGAGAGACAGACAGAGAAAAGAAAGAGAGAGAGAGAGAGGAAAGAACACCAAGAGACAAGUGCAUUGAGUGUUCUUCUUACGUGUGCCCUGCCCACCAGAGUCCCUUUUGGAUGGGGAUUAACAGGUUCCUGGUGGUGCUGGAGACCGACCAGGCCGUCUACAGCAGCGGCCAGGAUGUGGCUGGCUUCGUCGAGGUCUUCGUCGAGUCCAUCAUGGCCUGUAGGGCCGUCUUGGUGAAAGCACGAGGCUUUUGCAAGGUGAACUUCUUGGGCAGCAUGAAUGAGGAGUCAUACAUGCAGGAAACUGUGACUGUGUGGUGCGGCAGCAGUCAGGGCGAAAACCUCCAGCCGGGCACACACAUGUUCCCCUUCCGGUUCAAGGUGCCCCAGAAUGUGCCCAGCAGUUAUGAGAGUGAGUACGGCCACAUCCGCUACAUGGUGGAGGCCAUGGCAGAGAUCCCUUGGGGGGAGAAUGUGACCACGCAGAAGGAUUUCAAGGUGGAUAGCAGAUACGACCUCAUACAAGACGAGGAUGCAUCAUUGCCACUGAGGUUCGUCAAGGAAGAGAGUGUGUGCUGUUGCUGCUGUGAACAAGGCCCUGUUAACAUAGCCCUGUCGGCCGAGAAGACCGGCUACAUCCCCGGGGAAUACAUCCUGCUUACCGGGGAAGUGACUAAUCGCGCAGGAUGGCAUAUAGAGAACUCUGUCAUUAAGCUCAUUCAGACAAUCAGGUAUAUAGUGCAAGAAACUUCACACAAGGAAACGGAAACGAUACAGCGGCUCGGACGACCUGGGAUAUUAGCCGGGAACACUGAUGUUUGGCUCUCUGUUCCUCUACGCAUCCCUGAACAGGCAGCUUGUCUGCAGUACUGUAACAUCAUGCAGGCAAAAUAUGAAGUAGAGAUCACCUUUUCCAUGGGAUUCUGCUCAGAUGCGAUUGUGAAGGAGACCAUCAUCGUGGGGGCCAACCCAGUGGGCAAGGUCACCAUGGCCUUAGAAGGCCUAGUGCCCAGCCCCAGUGCCCCAAAGCCCUCUGCCCCACCCCUGUACAACAGCACAGAGCCCAUCUCGCAGGAGCUCAAGCCCGUGAUCACACAGCAGCCAACAGCCACCUCGGACACCAGCCCCACUGCCAUAUAGCAUUAUCCAUAUAUCAUCCAUUGUUCGUACUUGCCGUUUAUGUGAGUUUGUGCUCUCCCGCGCAUCGUGGACAUCAUUUUCAUCACCCCCUGUAUUUUCUUAAGAUUGGUAGCGGGAGGGAUCUGGGAGGGGGGGAGGAGAAGAAGGAAGGGAAGGGGAAGGGGGGAGGAGAGAAAAAAAAGGAAAGUGACGAGAAAGAAAAUGUUGGGGAAAGAAUAACGAAGAAAAGGGGAAGCACGGGAGGGAUAGGGAAGGAGAAACUACAAGAAGGGAAGGGGAAGGAAGUGAAAGGCAAGGAAGAGAGAAGGAAUGGGAUAAGUUAGGGGAAAGAGUAAAGAAAAGGGGAUAAAUGGGGAGAGAUUGAUAAGGGGAGAUAUAUUUGAAGGGAAGUGAAGGAGAAAGGGUCUGGGAAUGGAGUAGAACCUCAAGGCAAAUAUCCUAUACUUAUAAUGGAUGACUGAUGAUGUAACACAUGAUUUACUUAAAGGCAAGAAAACACCUAAUUGUUAAUGUCUGGUUGUUUAACACUCCAGAAACUAGCACAUAGUAAAAGAAAAAAAAUGUACAGUACAAAUACUGAUAUUUUGCUCUUUUUUAUUGUAUAGAUAUAUUUGUAUCAUUUCCAAUGUGCUUCUUUUACUAAGCAUGAAUGAGUGAUAGCAUGAGUGGGGAUCAAGAAAUGAUGGAUGCAAUCCAGACUUUUUUACUGCAUGGCUGAAUGUAUUCUUGAGGUAAAAUAGUUGUUCUUAGCACAGGAAUUAGGAGCACCUCAGUUGUAUUUUUUUGUCCCUCAAGUUUUCAUUUGAUUCUUUCUUUCUUUCUCAUUGUAUUGCCUUGUUCUCUUUUUUUUUUUUCUUUGUUUAACAAUACUUCCCGAGAUGCAUCUGGAAAUCAGAGGGAAUUGGGAGGGCUCUUCUAACUCUGUGAGUUCCCUGUUGUAUGAUCACCAGAUUAUUAUUUCUCUCUCUUUCUCUCUCUCUCUCUCUCUCUCUCUCUCUCUCUCUCUCUCUCUCUCUCUCUCUCUCUCUCUCUCUCUCUCUCUCUCUCUCUCUCUCUCUCUCUCUCUCUCUCCACUAUUUUUGUCUUUUCAGGUUUGUGUUAUGUAGCUACAUCUGUGUACAAUUACUUAGUACAACUAAUUUUCAGUUUUAUAUGUAACUUAUUAAUUUUCUCUAAUCACUGUUUUCUCUCAAGUGUACAGGGUUGCACAGGGUUCCACUCUGUUAUUGCACAUUCAAAGAUAAAGGUUGCUCCCUUUGCUCCAAGAGAGAUGAAUGUCAGACAAUUGAGUCUUAGGCAACUGAGAGCAUUAAAUCCACCGUAGCUUCACGUACAAGAUAACCCACAAUAUGAUCAUUCUCCAUAACACAGAACACCCAUGCAAUCAGUUAUACAUACAUGUGAUGCAUUUGUAGUUUUUUGGGUAGAUAUACAUGUGACAAGCCUGUUCCUACCAUAUCUUUGCAUGAGGUUCCUCUGUAAGAGGACCUCAUCAUGGCAUUUCUCCCAAUGAAGCACUGCACCAUCGCACGACUACAUUUAAGUGCACCACACAACUCAUGAAUGCCCUCAGAGCACCAUAACACUGCAGUUGCACCAACACAUCCCAGAGUGCACGUAUGCAUGACGUGAGUGAAGCAUAUUGUCACAAACAAGUGCUGGGGUCUUACCAGAGUGAUGCACUGACUCAAAGUGCAUCACCUGUCAGACUGCACAAUUUAAGUAUCGUGUUUCACAGCAGCAUCAAUGUAUGAUGUUUGAGACACAAUUUCGUUUAAUCUCAUGACCAGUGUGUAGAAUCCUAUUUUAUGAUCUAUCAUGGUGGUGUAGGAUUUACCGAGAGAUAUACGUUUCAUUCAUAACAUUUCCUAUUACAUCUUUUCUUCAAUGUAUUUCAUUCAUUCCAUCUUUCCUUCACUAUUUAUUUAGCCAUAUAAAUAUAAAUCAUUUCAUAUUACCGAUUGGGUCUGUUUUACAGUCCUAAUAUAUAUUAUGUUAAAUGUACAAUGUCUAGGUAAAGACAAAUAUGCUGAGUUUAGCUGAUACUGUCAUAUAAAUGUUUAUAUCUCAGUAGGUGGUGUCUCUUUUAUCUCUGAAUCUCGUCUUCUUUGUCACGGGUUUCAUUUGUCAGCUGAUCAUUUCAUGUGCAUGAUUGAAUGUUCCUGUCAUGUUUUUAUUGUUUUGUACCUUUUGUCAUAUUUUCUUAUUUUUAGUGAACCAUAGACAAAUGUUUGUAUAUACAUAACAUAUAUAUAUGUAUAUAUAUAACUAUGCACACUUUUGAUAUCCCUUAAUACUUUACUAUGAUAAUGUAAACUGUAGGUAGAGGUGAGAAUCUUAGACAAUGUGCAUAUGCAUUAGACUCUGUAGAUCCCAGGAAGGCUGAGCCAGUAUUAGGAUAGCUCAAGUACAUGUCUUCUUGUGGAUUUCUUUUUCUUUCCUCAAUUGUGGAAAUAUAUUUGUUUUUCUUUUCUUAUCUACUUCAAUUGUUACAAGUAUAAUCCUGUGUUCUUUCCCUCGGUUGCAGUUGCCCUAAAAGAUUGGUGCAUGGCAGUAACUGUAGCUUAAAUUUUCCUACCCUUUUUUCGUUUUUUUUAUUUUUUUUAUAUGUAAUUUUCCAUUCUGCAAAACUCAGGUCAUGAUUUCCUAUUAAAAGAAAUGUAAGAUAUCUCAUUUGUGCUUCCGUUUUGUGUUUCCUCCAAACGAAUUGAUUUUUAAAGAUAGUUCCUUAUAAUAAGUGAAUGGAUGUGAUGGGAGGUCUAAGUGUCAAAGACAAGUGUACGAAUCAAAAAAAAAACAAUGUGUUUGUUUUUAUUGCUCAAACCUGGAAGGUGAACCAAGAAGGCUAAUGCUCAAAGUAUUCUUAUUGGUUGAAAACGGAGGAAUAUUGAUAAAAGAAAUUAAUGCAGAUCGCUUUUAUCUUUUCCUUACUCUGCAUUUAUGAUUUAACAGUUGUUUUACUGAAAGAAAACAAACCACUAUUAAAGGUGCAGCUAGAGUUUAUUUUUGCUCUCUUUUCUCAUUUGUGAAUAAACGGGCAUUUUAUUUUGAAAUAAAACUUAAAUUGUUAUAUUUUGUGAAAUAUUUCAAAAUUAUCUUAAGAAAUGGAAAUUUAUUUUAUUUGAAAUAAACCUGAAUUGUUGUUUA